GAUCUCAUGAGGCUGUUUGCAGGGACGAAUCCUGUCCGCGUAAUGGCUUCUGGAGCCAUUGAUGUGAAUCAUAAAGAUGAAACUUAUGAUGGGAAGGUGCCUGAUAUAAUUGAUAAUGCUUAUGUAAUUGUGGAAUUCAAAAAUGGUUCCCGGGGCAUCCUUGACCUCUGUAUGUUUGCCGAAGGGAGUAAAAAUGAACAAGAAAUAUCUGUUGUCGGUGACAUUGGGAAGGGUGAGGCAUUCGUUCCUGAGAGUAUUGUCCGUUGGGGUAUUCGAGCUGAAGGAAGGGAUGGUGUUAAAACUUUAAAAGCUGAGGAUAAUCGAAUAAAAUUCGAGGGACUACAUCAUGGUUCUAGCUAUUUAGAACAUCUUCAGUUUUUGUCUACAAUCAGAGCAAAGGGGACACGAGCUCCUUCUGUAGAUUUGUAUGAUGGAUUGGUUUCUGUAGCAGUUGGAGUUGCAGCACAGCUCUCAAUUGCGAAGGGCCGAGUGGUAACCAUCGAGGAGGUUAUGCGUGAAUAAUGUCAGCUGUGGCUUCAAUUAUUCAAGCUACGUACUUAUUGCUAUUUCUUUUCAAUACCAGAAGGCAAUGUUAUGAA